UCCAUUUGUAGGAAGGGGGGUCAAGCUGGGCUCAACAUGAACCUGCUGUUCUGACACUCCGGACUGGGACAAGCAGGCAGCAGCCGGCCGGCCGCCCCCCAAGCAGCAGUCGCACAGGGGACCCUGCCUGGAGCACUUUGAACAUCCGCAACAAGUUUUUACCUGGGUGCUGAAGCACUCAUGGCUGUCGCUUAUAGUACCCAGCAAGGCCUGCUUGCCCAGCAGUACCCUCCACCCCUGCUACCCAAACCUGGUAAGGACAAUGUUCGACUUCAAAAGCUCCUCAAGAGGACUGCAAAGAAAAAGGCCUCUGCUCAGGCAUCGCAGUCUGCCACACCCUUCCGCUCCAGCCUUUCCCCUGUGAACGAAGCAAGCCCUGACCUUGAGCACAGUGACCACUCCACCCCUCCACGGACUCCAGAGACUCCGUCCAGCCUCUACCGCAUCAAGCAGCCUCAGCGGUUCACUGUCAGGCCUUUGUAUCAACAUGUGGCAUCUCCAUACCCACAGCGUGCAGCUUAUGGUAGAGCAGCCAAUAUGUCGCCUCAGACAGUGGGAAUACCAUUAUACCCUUACUCGCAGAGUGUUACCACAGUUUCUACGUACUCUGCAUCAGCUCAGUAUCCUGGAGUCCCAACAGCUCCGGAGCAAGCCGCGCAGUCGGCUAUACCCAAAACAUCUCUGCCAGCUUUGUCUGUGCCUGAAGUGACAGUACCGGCUUCUGAAUUGAAAAAGCCAGCUUUUAACACAUUUUCUGAAACCCAUACUGGUCAGAGAUCUGCUGUAAUGGCCACAGCACCACAGUCAAAACCCAUAAGUCCUGGCCCCACUCCAUAUCCAAUAGCAGGAAGCCAAGCUGUGAUUCGACCGCUCACAGUCUUGACCCCUUUAGUCAAAUCCAAAAGUCCACGUCCAACAUUUAAAGCAACUGAACCCUCAAGAUCACCCAAGCCAAUGUUUGAUGUCCCUCAGAUUAGGAUGUACACAGCGAGCACGUCAUAUUAUGAGACAUCCAGGACACCACCAGUGUACGACUCAGCUGGAUUAACUGCUAUUGGCAGCACAGUAUCUCAAAAUAAAACAUCUGCUGAAACAAAAAAUGAUUUGACAAUAGGAUCUGAGGUCAGAAGUAUUCAUUUAUUAGGUGUGGAACCUCAGAGAAAAACACCAACCUCAGAUAUUAAAAGAGACACUACACCAACUGCAGAGAUUAAUGCAGUCUCAACAUCUGAAAUUAAAAGAGCAACUCCGACAGCUGAAAUUAAAAGAGCUACUCCGACAGCUGAGAUUAAAAGAGCAACUCCGACAGCUGAAAUUAAAAGAGCUACUCCGACAGCUGAAAUUAAAAGAGCCACUCCUACAUCUGAAAUCAAAAGAGCCACUCCUACAUCUGAAAUCAAAAGAGCCACGCCUACAUCUGAAAUCAGAGCUAAAACACCAACCUAUGAGUUUCAAAUAUCAAGAACUUCAGCAGGACGGCCUAAAACACCAGCAUACCAUCUGAUCCGGGCUACAACACCUGUCUUUGAGAUUUCAAGACCCAAUCCUCUUUUGUUUGCAGUGUCGCCAAUUACUGUAGAUGCAGACAGGUCAAGAACAACCCAGACAGUUUCUACUGUCACCAGUUCAUCUAUUUCCGAAGGUGUGAAGACCACUUCUGAAACAAUGCCCCAACUCAAUGGGGACAUUCAAUCAGAUGUUACACCUGCAGCUAAACCAAUACAACAAAGUAUUACAAAGUCAAAGUCAGAGCCUGAUUUGACAAAAGAAAUAACCCCAACUAUAAUCCCAACUACUAAAACUGUUAUAUCUGUACCAACAUCUCCAGCAGUGACUGGCUAUCAGAGACCUAGGACUCCAACAUACGAAGCAUCCCGACUUAUGACCACAUCACCUGGCUAUAAAAGACCAAAGACACCUACGUAUGGCACAUCAACAUAUGGUGCAUCAUCUGUGACUAUUCAGAGACCUAAAACCCCAACCCAAGUGUCUCAACAGUCAAAGUCCACCUAUCGUGGAUUGACACCGGCUGAAUAUGUUGCUCACGGCGGAAUCAAAACUUACUCUCCAGCAUUUGGUAUCGUGACUUCAAUGAUGCCAACUCAAGAAGAGGUUCAAAGUACAGUAGAGGUAUCAGGAGAAUGCAAAAUACCUAGCCAGGAACCAUGUUUGAAGGGACAAUCUAUAGCUGAGGAGUCGAAACUCAAAGCAAGUCCAAAGGAUGUACAUAAACUCCCCCAGAAAGAGGAGAAACUUGCCACCAUCCCUUUAAUUCCUGUUAUUGUUGUUUCACAAGCAUCUGACUCCCUAGCAACUAUGGUAACACAAGAGUCAAAUGCGGUAUCUGGUCAGGUUGCAGCCAAACAAGAAAAACCAAAGCCUCCAACAGUGGAGGAAAAAAGACUUGAGAAACAGAAGGUGGAAACACCAGUUCAAGAAACCAAACCAAAGACGAAGACUUCUGAAACCAGAGGUCCUUUGCCCACAAGUGGUGACCAAGAUCCCCUUAAGGCAGUAAAAAAACUUUUAGGCAAAGAUAAACUCCAGCCUGCUGACCAGAAAGCUACUGUUGAGACAAAAGCAGAUGUCUCAAAACAAAAAGAACCAGUGACAACAACCACUGCAACCAAGAUGAAACUCGAAAGCUCAAAACCAAGCUCUGCAGUACCUGCUCCACUUGUAAAGGUACCUGCAGCCAAAUCAGUAAGUGAAGACAAAAGAAAAGAUAAGAAAGCAGAAUCAGCUCCAGCAGUUAAAGCUUCACUUGAGAAAAGGGAAGUUGAUGAGACCCUUCCCUCAGCUGAACCAGUUCUUAAAGCUAUACAAAAGCCAAAGGGAAUGAAAUUAAAAGCGAGUGGUUGGUCCCGCCUCAAAAAGCACAUGGUAGUGGAGCAGGAGGAACCCAAAUUCCCAGAGGCUGACUCUCAGGAGGCCUCUGGCCAACAGCACACUGAGGUGACAAAGGUAGAUGAGAAGGCUGGGGACAAACCCAGUGAGCAGGAUGAAAACAAAGACGCCCCCAAGGCUACCAAGAUGUGGGAUGCCGUCCUCUUCCAAAUGUUUUCUUCCAAAGAGAACAUCAUGCACCAGAUUGAGCUAAACAAAAGUGAGGAGGAGAAAAAAGAGGAGAAACAGGAAGAGUUGAAAGAGAUACCUUCAUUUGCCUACCGGCUCCCUGUGCUGCUAUUUAGUCCAAAGUUUGAUGCUAAAAGGCUUAAAGAGGCGGCAUCGAGGCCGGUUACAAAAAUUUCUACUGUGUUUGAAAUGGGUCUGAUUGGGCGAAAAGGUAAAGAUGAGGAACCAAAAGACUUUAAUAGAACAGCAAGGGGUUUCACUGGUGUCUAAGCUUUGUCUAAUGUGAAGUGCCACGAGGAAAAUGUAAAGAAGAAAAAAAAGGAUUUAUGUUUAAUGUACAGGUGCAAAAAUCUUAGCAACAGAAACGAUGUACAGAUCAGGAGUCUUAGUCUCUGUGUAAAUGAAAUAUGUUUGUGGCAGUGUUGAAGAAAACCUGGCCUGAACUUUAUACUUGACAAAUGCUUUGUGUGACUGGAUGUCUGGAUGUUUGUAUUUGUGUAUUAGCUGGAAAAAGAGAGCUACAUUUGUCUUAAAGUCAUUCAGACGCCACAUCAGAUUAAAGUAUUUAUGUAAUUUCAGAGCUUUUUUGUUCCCUUCAUCACACAAUCACAAUGAAUAUACUGUACAUACUGUUCUGAACUAUUUUCAUGCAUCCUUAUGAUUCAGGACUAACAACAUAAUUUAUACCACAGAGUAUGAAAAUUUGCCUUUAAGUAAAAUUGCUAAUUAAAUACAACAGUUUACAAUUAAAAUAUCUAUUUUUCGGUUUUACAAAUAAGAAAUAAAAAAACAGAAAUACUAAAUGAUUUUAAGACAAAUUAUUUGUGAGGAAAACUUUGUUUUUCUUUAAUCAUUCAAAUCAUUUUUAUUCAAAAUGGUGCUACUUGCCUCAGGGUAUGAAACCUCUUACUAGAUAAAGGAAAUGCUUAAAGAGAUUUCUGAAUAACGAUUUAGGACGUAGAUGUUUAUGUUGCGUGAAUGACUAUUGUCAGUGUCACAUAUUAAGAACACCUUCGGAGCCUCUACAUAAAUUUGGUCUUCUUGGUGCAGAAAGUCAGUUUGACUUCAUAGGAGGCACAGAGAGGAGGGAAUUUGUAUUAAUUUAUUUAACUUGUUAGAAUUUAAUCUUAGUAUUUAUGUGCUACAUACUGGUUCAGUUUUACACAUUAUUUUUCUUAUUAAAGCUUCACAUCACUAUUCUUGGCUGGUUUUAAAGUAAUUACAGGUUCAGUAGUUUAUUUACUAGAAAAAUAGUAAACUCUUCUUUAUUAAAAUGCAAUACAUUGCAUUAUUAGAAGAAAGUGUUGUUCAUGACAACACUGUACACACUCAGAUAUACAGCGGCCAAUGACCAGGCAGGGAUUCCAGGUAGGUGUGGACUAGAUACGUGUUUUAAGAGUGUUUCAACAGCAACAAAUUGGUUAUCAUUUUACCAACAUACAUUAGAAUUAAAAACAAAGCUACUUUAGAUGGGUGCUGAGCUACAAGCUUGUGAAAGUGUUUAGAGAAGAGCGAUAGCAAGAGAGUAAUAAAAUGGCCGGGGUGCCAUAACUGAGGUUAAGGAUAGAAAUCUCAGGGGUCAAAGGUCAGGAUGCACGGAAGGUUUCGAGUUCGACUGUGAUGCAGGGUUAGCAAUCCAAAUUAGAUUUCUCCAGUUUUCUUUUUUAACCAGCUUGGAGCAGAAGGUGUUUUGUAAUGUUUUUUCUAUUGUGCAUGCUGGAUCGACCCACUGUGGCUAUGUGAGGUGCAGUUAAUUAGCUUCUGAUUUCUCCUUAAUCAGAUGCAAAUGGAGGCUUUAUAACACAACUACAAAAGAAAGUUAUUCAGAUUUCCUCCAUCCCAAUUUUCACACAGCCCAAAGAAAGAAUAUGUAAAUUUGCAUAUGGUUAACACUGUAAGUCUGACUUUAUCACUUAACAUUCAUAAUGCACAAACUUGACUGGUGAGUUACUGGGUCAUAUACUGUUUUUCAUAUCACUCAUGUUUUAUUUGAAGUGAAGCACUUGUUGUUUUCUUAUGUGAAGCAUUCUGUUCUGCCAAUGCACCAAAGAUGCUAAAAAUAAACUUGAUUUUUACAAACA